GCCAAUAACAGGCGAGGAACGGGGCGGUCGCGGCUCGCUGGCCAAUGAGCGCCGGAGGGGCGGGGCCACACCCGGAAGCGGCGAGGGGCGCGGGAGCAGCACCGGCAGCACCGGGGACCGGGAGAAGCCGCCGCGAUGUCGGAACGGAAAGUGCUGAACAAAUAUUACCCCCCGGACUUCGAUCCGGCCAAGAUCCCGAAGCUGAAGCUCCCCAAGGACCGGCAGUACGUGGUGAGGCUGAUGGCCCCCUUCAACAUGAGGUGCAAGACGUGUGGGGAGUACAUCUACAAGGGCAAGAAGUUCAACGCGCGCAAGGAGACGGUGCAGAACGAGUCCUACCUGGGGCUGCCCAUCUUCCGCUUCUACAUCAAGUGCACGCGCUGCCUGGCUGAGAUCACCUUCAAGACAGACCCCGAGAACACGGAUUACACCAUGGAGCACGGCGCCACCAGGAACUUCCAGGCAGAGAAGCUCCUGGAGGAGGAGGAGAAGAGGAUGCAGAAGGAGAGGGAAGAGGAGGAGCUCAACAACCCCAUGAAGGUCCUGGAGAACCGAACCAAGGACUCCAAGCUGGAGAUGGAGGUGCUGGAGAACCUGCAGGAGCUGAAGGAGCUCAACCAGCGCCAGGCCAACGUGGAUUUCGAGGCCAUGCUGAAGCAGUACAAGGAGCUGGAGGAGGAGCAGAGGCGCAAGGAGCAGGAGGAGGAUGAGCAGGAGAUGAAGGCCAUGCUGGAGCAGGCCCAGAACCGUCGGCUCCUGGUGGAUUCUGACUCCGACGAGGAAGCGGCAAAAGCUCGCCCCAACGCCACGGCCCAGGCAAAACCCACGGACAUCCUGCAGGAGGACCCCCAGCCCCAGAGCAAGAAGCCCAGGACAGAGAGCUGGGAGCGCAGCGUGGGCAAGCUCAGCACCAGGGCCCAGCUGGCAGGGCUGGUGGCCCCCAGGAAGCAGAAACCAGAUCCUGCCCUGGAAAACAGGAUGGAAACCCCAGGGAGCACGGCCAGCACCGCAGCAGCAGCAGCAGCAGCCACGUCCUCGCUGGGUUUGCUGGGAGCCUACUCGGACAGCGAGGGCAGCGCCAGCGACUGAGGAGCCGGCGGGGCGGGGACAGGGCCGGGACAGGGCCGGGACAGAGCCGGGACAGAGCUGGGACAGAGCCGGGACAGAGCUGGGACAGAGCCGGGACAGAGCCGGGACAGAGCCGGGACAGGGCCGGGACAGCCGGCACAGAGCCGGGACAAAGCAGGGACAGAGCAGGGACACAGAGGGCCAGGGCUGUCCCUGCUCCCUGCUGCCCCUGGAGCCCCACCCGGGGCUGGCAGCACCGCCAGGGCUCUGGGCCCCGGCCACCGCUGUUGUCACCUCCUGCCAGCAGCAGCAGCAGCGAGGGGAAGGUGUUUGUGUUUGUUUGUUUGUUUGUUUGUUUGUUUUCCCUGCUGGGUCCCAGCCCUGCUCCCGGGAUGUCUCUGGGAGUGCCAGGGCUGGACAGGACUCUGGUGUGUCCAUUCUGGGGGUGCCACUGCCCUCACCCCCCCAGUGAUCAUGCCCAGGUUGUGUUUGGGGUGCCCUGACCCCCCCCAGCAGGAAGGGGACCUUGGAGCUCUCCUUCCCACCGGGGUGCAGGGACCCCCUCCUUCACGUCACCCCCAGCUGCUUCUGUCCCAGGGUGUCUCAGGUGCCACCUUUGCACACACCCGGGGGUCCUGCAGCCCCUCACUGCGGGGACAGGGCUGUCGUGCCACCAGCAGCCCCCCCAGCUGUCCCCAGAGCUCGGGGACAAAGCCCUCCCAGCUGGGCAAUAAACGGGGUCUGGCAGAGCCAGGGCAGAGCUUCACCCCAGAGCUGCA